AUGUGUUUAGUGGCAAUUGUUGGAAUGAUCACCAAUGGUAUCUAUAUGAUUGUUGGGAUGGUACAGGGAAGCCGUGAGAUGAAUCGGGCGCCCAGAUGGGAUCGGGGUGGAUGGGGGAGUUGGGGCUGGGGCUGGGUGGGCUGGGGACAGGGUCGGGGCGCUGGGGAGCGAGGGGCUGCAACUGGGUCGGGACGGGGUCCACGAGGCGUCGUGACUGGUGGAGCCGGGUUUGGCUCGAUUCUCGGCGGCGGCGGCAGUAGUAGUGCUAAUAUGCGGGUUUCUGUGGCAUACGACAAUCAGGUGGGGGAAUAUAUUUAUUGGGGAAUUUUUCAAAAAAAAAAUUUAAUUGUUUGA